AUGCCUCACCCUAGAGACUCGCCUAGGCCUGGCUUUUCGCCUAGACCAGGACUCCAAGGCCAGUCCGAAGCUGCCAGGAAGACUGCACAGUUCACCACCUUUGCCGAGUACGCGAUCAAGCACUUGCCAACGGCCAUCGACCCUCCCGCGAUCGAAACACUCCUAGCCGACGUCACGAAGAACUUGCAAGCCAUCAUCAGCUGCGAAAGGCUUAGGAGAGGAAAGUCGAAGAAAGAGAGGGACGGGCUCGAUCGGAAGGGGACAGAGUUGUGGAACAUGUGCACAAGAUUCCGACGUGACGAGAUAUCCGAGGAUCAAAGCAAGCGAAGGAAGCUUCUUCUUCGUACUCGGACCUUUGCCUUCUUCAUGAUAGACGUCGCGAGGUUCUGGAAAGUUUCGAACGACGCGGAGCAGGAACAUUGGGUGCUGUUGGCCGACGUAUUGCACUUGAUGAGGCUGGCCCUCAAGGCUGGGAAAGUGUCACUCGAUGACAGCACGACCAAGUUCGCCAGCAACAUCUUCCUCAAGGCUGCAGACUACAGCGUGCUCUUGGGGAAGUGGAUGACGACUAUGCUGGGCCCGGAUGAUGUGGCCGAGUGCAAGCGGUUGGACUGCGAGUAUUACAUCCUUCGAACAGCCAUGUGUUGGAAGGAAGGCAAUCUCAACGUCGCGGAAUUCAUGUUCGACAAAGGCCAACCCACGAUCCAAUGUCUCGACCCCACCUCGGCCGAGAAGAUGGCGGAGGUCCUACUCGAGAUCGGCAAAGACUUUUCGAAGAAGAAAGAUUUUGCCCUUGCUGCCAGGUGGCUUGAGCGGGCGGACGACAUCAUCAACAGCCAGGACAUCGACCACCUCCCAAGGGACGCGAUUCAACUGCGGCUUGCCGUGGGUCAGGCGCACGUCCACGCGCUGCUCGGGAUGCAGACGGUGGAGGCUGCGAAGAAGGCUUGCGACUUGGUCAGUUUCAUCAGGAACGACUUGGGCAACGUGCCUGUCGUGCUGCUUCUUCGCUUGGAGCUUCUCGAAAACGGGCCGGCCGAGAUGUUUGAUGUCGAGGAGUACGCCGGUAUAUUGCGGCAGAUGGUUGAGAUCUUCAACUUUUCUGAAUCGCACUUCAAGUUGUUGAUCUACCACGCCCGCCAGCUGCAUGGAAAGUUUCCUUCAAAGGCUUCUCAGAUGGUCAACGGGAUGAUCAACAGCUCAAUUGUGUCGAAGGGGAAAGAAGAGUGGGCCGAGAGACUUGUUCUUUUGAGGAUAUGGAUGGAGCAGAGUCAGAAUGACAACGCGGCGGCCAUUGAAGAGUUGAACGGCGUAAUUCAAGGCCUCCAACAGAAUUUGACGAAACCAUUUGGAUCGUCAGCUGCGGUCGGGGCUUUGACGAUUGUCUGGCAGAAGAUCGAGACCAACUACCAACAAGGUCGAUUCGAUCUCGCGGCAUCAUGGUGUCUAAUAGGCCUGCAGCGGAUAUUCGAAAAUGGCGGGCCGGCGAAUAUAGCAAGGCUUUGCAGGAAACUCAUUCUUUGCGCUAUACACACGAACGAUACCGACGGGGCUCGCCAGAUAUUCCACGAGAUGCCCAAACCCGCUCAAGAUGAAACGAUGACAAGAUACCUCAUGUACAAGGUAGCCCUUAAAUCAAAAGACCGCAAUCUUGCGACGGAAUGCCUCGAGCAUGUCGGCAUGACGGCAGCUCAAGACCCAAACUUUCUCUACGCUUGUGUCAUCGAGGCGCAAAAGACGGAUGACAAGGUUUGUGCCUCGCAAGCUAUGAAGCAAUUGAUACACAAACACGAGUUCAACGAAAAUACGCCUGUUCAUCUACCUGCCCUCCUUCGGUCGAACAUCCGAGUUGUCAUCAUGGUCAUGCAGGAGGAGAAGGGGCCCACUGCGAAGGCUGCCGUGGACGAGCUUGUUGACUUGUUUGAAAGAGUUUUCAAAGCAGCCCAACGGGACCCAAAGGAUAAGGACGGGCAUCGACUAUUCACUGUGAAGGAGCUCGACUGGUUCUGCCAGAAUUCGUACAACCUCGGUCUCAAGAAUUCGGAAAUCUGGAACAUGGAUCAGCUCACACGGCUAUUCGGAUGCUGUCUCAAUAUCAUGAAUUUAUAUCCACCGGACAUUUCUUCAGACACCGCAGUCGACUUACGGUUCCGUAAAAUGUUCUGCCACUUCCUGGUGGCCGUUGCGUUGAUGUCGCUUGCUCGGACGGAAGACAACAGAGAGACUCAACUGCAGCACUACCUGAAUGUGAGGAAGCACGUUGCAACGUACGACAAUUUGAUGCAGGAGCAGCUCCAAACGGCGGAUCCUCUGAUGAGAAAGGACUUGACGGCCAAGUUGGCGACGCUGCUCGUAUUUGACUACGAAGCGGCGGUGACGCUGAAGGACUAUGGUGCGUUAGGCCACAUUCUCCGACUUGCGAACGAGUGCAAGGAUGUGAGCACUUUCAAAGCGAUGGGAGAUAUCGCUCUCAGAGGGCAACUACCCGGACACAAUCUAUAUGCGCAACUUGGAAUCAUCAUCAACGAAAUAUGGGAGCUCGAAAGCAUGAAGUGCGACAAACUGGCCAAGUACACCCGCUGCAUGUUUCAAGCCGUCCGGCUGUCCGAUCCUGAGUGUGGCCAGAAGGUCAUACAGCAGGCCAUCGAAGUGGCGAAGGGAGCCAAGGAGACGAACCAUCCGUACCCGCGGGAGGAGCUGGAGUGGCUGGUCACCACGUCGUUCAACCAGGCCGUGGACGCCUUUGGCGCCAAACGCGACGCAGAGUGCCAAUCUUGGGCUCAUCUGGCGAUGAGCCUGGCUCAUUACGCUAACGAUGGCGGGUUUCUGGAGAGGGUGUGCCAGGAAAAGAUGGCGACACUGAAUUUUGAUUUGGAGUGA